AUGGACCAAGAUUCCUCUCAACAUAUCUGCAACAGAACCGGUUGCACUCAAGCCUUCUCCAGCAAGAAGCAACUCAAGAAGCACCAGAGAACGGUCCACCAGCUGCAAGUUACCUGCAAGGUCUAUGGACAGGAGACUCGAGUGACCCUGGACAGACAAGAAGAUGAAGCUUUCAGAUGCCCAACAGAAGGUUGUGAGGAAGAGUCUGAAGAUCCUGUUCGAAUCCAAAAACACGUGAAGAAAUGUGAUCCUUCGAGGUUCCAACAAGCUAGGGUCAUGCCAGUUCCGCCGAGUGACUAUGUUCAUCUUGUACCAGCAGGAGAUCAAUUGAUUGACAUACCUGAUUACCCUAAUUUGGCUUAUAAUAAAUAUGCCAACAUCCUUCUCUGCACUCGUUGUCAUAUUGGCGUCCCCACAAACGAGGUCGAAACCCUAACAGCAGGAGCGCCUGGAAUGAGCCCUCAUUCCUCAGACCCCUCAGACCCCUCUCUUGGUGGAGGGUCUGAGGGGUCUGAGGAAUGA